GGAGGAGGGAUGAAUGGAGUUGGCUGCGGCGGCCAUUUUCUCCCGUCGUGCCUCGCGGGGCCCGUCCCAACAAGUUCCCAACCGCCGCGGAGCGAGAGGGAAGCGAGGGAUGAGCGCUGCCGGUGCGGCCUCCUUGGGUUCAUGUGGCGCUGGCUGCGGGGCGCGCUGAGAGGCGUCCCUGGCCUGAGGCAGAGGCCCCGGCGCGGGUCCAAGGGCGGCGGCGGCGGCGCCAUGGAGCGCUCGGCCGUGGUGCGUUGCGUGCCGGCGGAGGCGAAGCUGAGCGUGUCGUUCGUGCUGGGCGACGGCAGCGCCCGCCACAUGCAGCGCGACCAGUCGGAGCCCCUGGGCCGGGCCUUGGCCCGCAUCGCCAACAACGCCGGCAAGGGCCACGGCAAGGCGGCCGCCAAGAAGAGCAAGAAGGCCAGGGCCGAGGCCGAGGCGGCAGUGGCGGGGACCACCGCCCCGACUCCUCCUCCUCCUCCGCCGCCGCCGCCGGUGCGUCUGUUCUCGCGGGAGGGGCUGGCGGUGCCGGAGGACGUGCCCAACGCCGAGGCCUGGCAGGACGGCGCCGUGCUCCAGAUCGGCGAGGCCCGCUACCGGGUGGAGCGCAACCCGCCGGCGCUGACGGAGCUGCAGCUGCCGCGCUCGCUGCUGGCCGGCUUCCCGGUGUGCCCCAAGGUCCGCACGGAGUUCGGGGCGCCGGGGCAGUGCCUUUUCCGCUGGUUCCAGGAGGCGGCGGAGGGGGAGUCGGGCGGGGGGUGGUCGGAGGUUCCCGGCGGGACGGAGCGGGUGCUGACGCCGAGCAACGCGCAGGUGGGGCGGCGUCUGAAGCUGUGGUGCCGCCCGGGGGACGGAGCGGGGCGGCUGGGGGCGGCGCGGGAGGCGGAGAGCGCGGUCCCCGUGGAGGCCGGCCCCGGCGCCUGCACCUUCGACGGGCGCCACCUCUACACGCAGCGCGUCUCCGGGGAAGGGCUGCUCCGCGCCGUCACCUACAACGUCUUGGCCGACGCCUACGCGCAGACGGAGCUCUCCCGCACCGUCCUCUACCCCUACUGCGCCCCCUACUCCCUGGAGCUGGACUACCGGCAGAACCUGCUCAAGAAGGAGCUGGCCGGCUACAACGCCGACGUGGUCUGCCUGCAGGAGGUGGACAAGGGCGUCUUCGGGGAGAGCCUGGCCCCGGCCCUGGAGGCCUUUGGGCUGGAGGGCCUCUUCCGCCUCAAGGAGAAGCAGCACGAGGGGCUGGCCACCUUCUACCGCAGGGACAAGCUGGGCCUCCUCGCCCGCCACGACCUGGCCCUGGGGCGCGCCCUCCAGGAGGACCCCCGGCACGCGGCCCUCAGGGAGAGGCUGGACGCCUGCCCCCGGCUCCGGGAGAAGGUCCUCCAGCGCUCCUCCGUCCUCCAGGUUUCUGUUCUUCAGUCUAUAAAUGACCCUUCAAGAAAGAUCUGUGUUGCCAACACUCAUCUAUACUGGCAUCCAAAAGGUGGAAACAUCCGUCUAAUCCAAGUUGCAAUAGCUUUAUCACAUAUUAGGCAUGUAACACAUGACCUGUAUCCUGGUACACCUCUUGUAUUCUGUGGUGAUUUUAAUAGCACACCAUCUACUGGAACAUACAGUUUUAUCAAUAGUGGCAGUAUUGCUGAAGAUCAUGAGGACUGGAGAUCAGAUGGAGAAGAACCGUACUGCACUAUAUCUCUAACUCAUCCAUUCAGACUUAAAAGUGCCUGUGGAGAACCAGCCUAUACUAAUUAUGUUGGAGGUUUUCAUGGAUGUUUGGACUACAUAUUCAUUGAUGCAAAUGCUUUGGAGGUUGAACAAGUAAUUCCACUGCCAAGUCAUGAAGAGGUAACUACUCAUCAGGCCUUACCGAGUGUUUCACAUCCCUCUGAUCACAUAGCACUAAUAUGUGAUUUAAAAUGGAAGUAGACUUUAAAGUGGGGGGAGAUGGCAUCUGUAACUUGCCUUUCUGAAAGACAUUUUGGCUAUUUUUUGGAUAUUUGGUCGCAACAUUUUACAAAGAAUAAAUAUAAGAAGUGUUCAUGUGUCCAUCAGUAACUUAAUGCCAGAUUCUAAGUUCUUUGUAAUUUCUCAUGCUUCUCAUGGCUGGAAUGCUUUUAGUGAAUACUUCAUUUUUCUAAUCUGAUAAGAAAAGGUGUCAACAGUGAAAUCUCUCCUGAAGGUGAAGUAUACCAUUCCCAUUUUAGGUGGUUUUAAAAUGAUGAUUAAAUUGCCUUCUGGAAUGAAGGUGUUCCUUGACAAGCUGCCAAAAUAUAUGCUUCCCACAAAAAAAAUAUCCAUAUUAAUUUAGCAUUCCAAAAAUUAUUUGGCAGAUUUACCUGCACUCAGGUGAUCUGCUCUCAGGUGAUAUGUGGAAGGUGGGGUGGGAGUGGGGAAUCUUGUCCAUGUAAACCAAAUUCAUUGUGCUUAAAUAAAAAUCAUGACUAUG